CCCGCCGAGGAGAGCGGGGGAGCAGCGGCCCGUGGCCUGGCGAGUUUCCCCGGAGAGGAGCCGGAUUCCGGUGCAGGGACGGAGCGAGGAGUCCGAGGUGCAGGAGGCGGGGGGGGAGGAGGGGGAGAGCAGGUGGGCCUGGCAGGAUCAGGCCCCGAGCCCAGCUAGAGGCUGCAGGGCGCCCCCCACCCGGGCAGGAAGGGGAAGGGGCGCAGCUGAGGGGCAGGGCAUCUGCAGGAGGGCACAGGGGCAAACAUCUCUGGCUCAGGCUGGCACGGACCCUGCCGGAGACCCUGGGGAGCUGCUCCCUUCAGUCCUGAGCUCAAGGGGCAGAAUAAGGGGUCCAAGGCAGCUGCUGCUUCGCGAUGGACGAUGCAUAUAGUCGUCCGAUGAUCAGCGACGUACCUGGGGCUUUUGCCUCCCCUCUCCCUGUCCCUCAUCAGGGAGCCCAGCCCAUUCGACGGUCCUCCCCACGGCGGAGAGGGAAGGGGAGGCGGGGGGGAAUAGAAGAGCAGAAGGGGGGGGGGUCUCUUACUGUGCAGCCCCUGACACCCUUUGCAGGCCACUACUCCUGCCCCCCUUCCUCUGCCAGUGUCAUUGAUAAACCUACCGCCCUCAUUUGUGAAUUGGUCUGAUCGCCUUUGAAAGCUCUCUUUGCCGCCACCAUCACCGCAUCUUCUGGCAAUGAUGUCCAUCAGAUUCAUUUAGCAAGGAAAUGGCUUCUUUUGUCUUCCCUCAUCAAUGUACACUCUGCGUACACAUGGAGGUUCUGUUGUUCUGUCAAGGCUAAUAAAACAUCUAAUAGAUCUAUUUCCUGGGGAACGCAUCUGAUCUUUUCCCAAGCUAUCAAAGUUAGUGACCUCUUGUGUCUGCGUGUAAAUCAGUGAGAGAGGCUUAAGCCUGUUUCAUUAAAGGUUUUAUUUCCACCUUAGUAAGGCAGCAGAGUUUUGAGAUGAAGGCUGAGGGUUGAAGUGGGUGACAGUUUUGAGAAUGCAGAGGAAAGGAGGAUUCUUAAGAAGUGUGGCAUAUCGAAAUGAAUUAAUGAUAAUAAAUAUGUUGAAGACAGUAUUGUAAAAGACUGAGGAAUGCAAAUUUGAAAUUAGCUAUUAAUGUUCAGAUUAUUACUCAUUUCAUUCAUAUACUGCUUCAUAUUCUUAAGGGAAAAAUUCUCAAAGCAAUUAAAGGGAAAUCUCGUUGCAGUUUGUGUCUCCAUAAGAUGUUGAGAACAUUAACUCUGUAGAUCCAGGAGUUCUCUCCUCUUGAUAGUCUCAGAUUUGAUUGUUCUUUCUGAUAGAGCAGGAGGAACACUUUUUGGGCUUAAAGCUGCAUUGAUUCUGGAGGCCACAUUCCAGUGAGCUUUGUGGCCAAUGUAUGCACAUGCAUGCGCACACAGAAAAGAGAUGCAGACCAUAAAGUCACAUGCACACACGCCAGAGGUGCUGCACAAACUCACCAGACAUGCCAUCUAGCAUACAUACAAGUCUUGCAAACACAAUCAGCAUGUUUAGACCUUCCAAUCCCAGUGCUGGGCUGGAGGAGAAAUAAGAGCACAAGAAGACCCUGCUGAAUUAGCAAGGAGAUCUGUGGAAAAAAGACCCUUCAGAUUGUUCUUUAGAAAUCCUCUUUAAAGAGCAGCCAGAGGGAUCAUUUAUUUCCAGAUCAGGGCUCUUACCCCAUUUCAGCACUGUGCUUGUUUGUGGUGAAAUUGGAGUCUAAAAAAUCUCUCCAAGGGCCCUUUAGGCAUCUUUCUCUCCAGGACAGACAGAGAUCUUCAUCCUAUGAUCAGAUCAGGAGAUGGAAAUGGCAGGGACUAGCAGGACACACCCUGAGGCUUGGCAAGCCAUAUGCAGCCAAUGCACUGCAAGUUAGAGUGUCUUCAGUCAAGAGAGUUUAUGACCAUCAAAUUUAAAAUAUUUUGGAUAUUCCUUUUGUUCUUAGGCUGUGCAGAUACCAUACAUUUAAAGCAUGUGGCUUCCCCCAGAGAACCACGGGACCUGUAGUUUAUUGCUACAGUUCUCAACACCCCUAACAAAAUGCAGCUCGCAGGAUUUCUUGGGUGAAGCCAUGUACUUUAAAUGUUAGGUGGGUCUAUCACAGCCUUAAUCAUAUACAAGGAUCUGUUGCUGCCUUUCCAACAUGCUAGAAGUUGCAGCCAGGAUCAGCAUUCCCUGUCCACUUAACAUGCUCAGUCCUCUCUCUGGGUUGUUUUUGGAUUUCCCUCCCACUGCCUUGGUCCCCUCCCCCCAAAAAAAUAUUAUUUGUAAUUCCAUAAACCGUUUCCCCCAGUCUUUGGAUAACUUCCCCUCGUCCCUGGGUGGAGUUGUUUGGGUGACAUAAAGAUUGUCAUUCACAUCCUGAACAUUAGAAAUAGAAAGAGUAAUAAUAUAUUUCAAAAACUGGCUAAUGGUUAAAAAAUGUGCUUUUGUUUUUAUUCUUGUGUUGUAUUUUACUUUGUGUUUAUUUCUUUUCCAGCAGGGUGGCAAAAAAAUGGAAGAGCAGGGACCCAGGGAGAGACUGGAGUGGAAAGGAAAGAAACCUCCUGCCGGCCAAGUUGGGACCAUCAGGGAUCUUCUGCCUCGGGCAGAUUUAUGUCAAAUUAAGCAGGAGCCAGAGGAGGGGCAGCCGCAGCAGCACUGGGAGUUCCAGAAGCAGGAUUUCCUGAAGACGAUGCAGCCCCCUUGUUCAGAGUGGGAAACCCCACAGGCUCCCAGUCCUCCCCACUCCGGGGAUGGUGUCCUCUCCUUCAGGGGAGCUGCGGAUGCCAGUCGGAGGCCCAGUGGGAGAGCAGGGGGGACAGACCAAACCCUGCUCCCAGACACUGAGGGGCUUCUGGGAAAGGUAAGUGCCCUCCUCUCACCUGGGUUUCCAGCACCUGGAGGUCACAGGUCCACUGCCUCUAGACAUGGAGGUUCUGUUUAGCUAUGGUGGUGAAUAUUCCUCCCCCCCUGCACUUUCUCUCUAAUCCACUUUAAAAAGGCUUGCUAGACCAAACUUUCUAAAUGGGUAGCUGUACAACUUUACCAGCUGUGGUCCUGCACUGGCAGCAAGGCUAACAAACAGGGGAGCUGGGAACGUGCUAGUCUCGUAUCUCCCUGCAUCUGCCUCCUGACCUAAUUGUCCCAGCUUACCUCAUGAUUGGGCCGUCCCUGAGGGUGAACUGUGAUGAAACCAGGUACUCUCUUAUGAGGCAUAACUAACAAACUUUCCAUUUUGCCCAAACCAAGAAACUACGGCUGCCAGCUUUGGAAUAAGCUGGGAUAUUAAGUUAACUUCAAACUGUGCUUGGUCAAAACAGGAAACUCUGGCUGAUCAGUGGCUUCGUGGUUUUACUGUUCCCACUGUAAAAAUAGUAAAAAUAGGAAGCCCUGUUGCAUUCAAAGGGGCUGUUUGGACAGAGUCUCUGAUCAGCAUGCCUAGCAGGACAGGCUUAAAAAGGUAAAGGGACCCCUGACCAUUAGGUCCAGUUGUCACCGACUCUGGGGUUGAGGCGCUGAUCUUGCUUUAUUGGCCAAGGGAGCCGGAGUACACCUUCCGGGUCAUGUGGCCAGCAUGACUAAGCCGCUUCUUGCGAACCAGAGCAGCGCACAGAAACGCCGUUUACCUUCCCGCUGGAGCGGUACCUAUUUAUCUACUUGCACUUUGACGUGCUAUUGAACUGCUAGGUUGACAGGAGCAGGGACUGAGCAACGGGAGCUCACCCCGUUGCGGGGAUUCGAACCGCCAACCUUCUUAUCAGCAAGUCCUAGGCUCUGUGGUUUAACCCACAGCGCCACCCGCGUCCUAGGACAGGCUUAGGAAGCAAUUAUUAUUAUUAUUAUUAUUAUUAUUAUUUGCAUCCUGCCUAUCUGACUGGGUUGCCUCAGCCCAUCUGGGUAGCUUCUAACAAAAUAAAAACUAUCAACAAUUUCCUUGUAAAAGGCUGCCUUCGGAAGUCUUCCAUUUUGUAGAAAUGGCCUUCAGUUUUAAAGAAUUGCCCUCUUUAAGGAAUCACGUGGUGUAAAUAUGUAUGUUGUCCACUAGGUCCAAACGCAGACAGACUCACACAUGGUAGGAGCAAGCAAUGCUCUAAAGUGCUUAUCUUGCGAACAUCUAAGUUGUUUACUCCUGACCAAAGCUCCUGUUUCCCAAAAGGACAGGAGGGGGAGCAGUGGAGGAAACAGAUGGGUUUGAAGGCUCUUUCCAUCAGCCGCCUCUCUCCCCUGAGGAACAGGAGCAAAGGGUGUUUGCAGGGCAGGAGGACAGAGAUUGAGGCAGCGAGGACAGAGGGAGCAGUGGGCGGAUCCACUGCCUCUCCCAGGGGGUCCAGAUGCAAGCAAGAGGCUUCCUUCUUCUCCAUGCAAGGGCCACCCAUGUAUUCAGAGCAGUCCUUUGCAGAUUAACUCUUAAGUUCCAAGGGAUCUACUCUCAGGCCACUAAUGUGCAUACCAUGCCAGCCUUAGGAAGGGAGGUGGGACAGGCAGGUGAAAGGAAUUGCCAAAAGUGUUUGAAAAUGGGUGGAGGCUCUUGGGAAGGGGGUCCCCAAUUGGGGCUUCUCCAGGGGCAGCAGGAUGUCUUGGGCAGGAGAAUCCCUGCAGGGGCUCUCAGACUCCCUUGGCUUCUUCUUCUUCCCUCCCUCCCAGGAAGCUGCAACUUGCUCUGGAUUCUGCACUCCUCAGGAAGCUGAACCUGCAAACCUAGCUGAGACUGAACCUGCAACCCUGGCCAGGAUGGAAGGAGGAAGAUGGACGGUUGACUUGGUCAGGCUGUCUCCCGCAUCCCUCCCCACAACCUCUGAGCAUUCCCUCCCAGGACCCUUGGAGAAAUCUGGUGAGUUCCAGGGGAGAGGAGAUGGGGAGAGGGAUAGAUGGAUGGUGGAGGGAGAAAGAGGAAAAGAUGGAGAGGAGACAAAUGGAAGGAAGUUCCUGACAGGAAGAAGGAAGGGGUGAGGCCUUCUCAGAAGCAGCAUUUUUUUUCUUGAAUCCUUUUCCUAAAGUAGUGGGGAAAGAUUUUCUUCCUCCAGGCUUUGAAAUCUUAGCUGUUAUUUCCACGGUGAGAAUAAUUGAUGAUAAUGAUGUUGCACAACAAUCCUGAAAAACAGAUGAAGGGGAUGUUGGAAUUCUGCCUGGGUCAGAGGAAUGUGCCACAAGCAGGCACCGGCAGAUAUUCCUGUCGACCUCCCCGCGUCUCCCAACCUCUGCUGAUAAGCAGGCGAGGUCCGGCGAUUCUUCUCAGAUGUAUGAGAGGAACACACCGUUCUUCCUCUCUCCCCUUUGGUGUCCCCAGGGAGGGGAAAGAAGCAGACAGAAAACUAUUUACAUCAUUUAUUUCUGCCUCUUACAUCAGUACAGAGAAUCAUGUCUGCACUCAACAACAGCAAGAAGAAAACUCCUCCCAAGUACAUCCAGUACGGGUCAUGUGACACACACACACUGAGCUAACAUCCGGUGCUCAGUACAGAAUGGACUGCCCCUUUGUUUCCAUGGCAACAGUCACAAACAUCCUGUCUGGCUUUCCAGCCACAAGCAGCUGGCUGAGCUGCUAGAGCCUUUGCUUGCUGCAGCAUUGGUGCUUUAUGGUAACAUACUCCCCCUAAAGUAUCAAUGUGUGCUGCGAGCAAAGCGUCAUCCAGAGAAGAAAACAAACAGUUGUUAUAUUUAUAACAUUCCCCUGUUGUUUCAGUUCCACCCUUGGAACUACCCGCCACUGGUUUAACCAAUGUACCUCUCUGGUUGUGUGACUUCGCAUUACCUCGGUUAACAACUCUCUGUUGUGCCUUUGUCUCUGACUCAGACACAGCUUCAAUCUGUCCUUGGUCGUUUACAACAGCAACAUAUGCAAGGUUAGCAAACUCCUUUGAAUACCUCUUGGGUGGUACACCCUUCGUUGCUCUCUCAGACCUACGUAAGAGGUUCUGAUCCUCUGUGCUCACUGGUUCAACCUUUGAACUCUGUUGAGAACCAGUAGCAAUCAGUGGUUCUUCCUUCACCUGUGAAGGUCUAUCCAUUGUGUGAGAUUUCCUCUCAAUGACUGUUACAACUGAACUCUCUGAGCUAUCGCUGUCAUCAUCAGUACUACUGAACUCAAUAAGAUCAAACUCAUCAUCAUCAUCAUCAUCAGAAUCGUUUCCUGUGGGAAAUGUCUGUUCUACAACCCGCUCUUGCUUUGGAGCACUCUCUAGAAACUUUGUGAGAAUCACCUGACCAGAUUCAGACAAAAUUACUCUGUAGAGACCCUUUUCAUAACCCACAAAAAUGCCUCUGGCAUUCUUUACACCACCUGGAGCUUCUGUUCUCACAUGAGACCCGAAAACCCUAAAAUAGGCAACAGAAGGUUUUCUAUUGAACAGCUUCUCAAAAGGAGAACAUCCCAACUCUGUUGAGACCUUUCUCAACCACACAUGAAGAUAGGACGCUAGCGAUUCAGCCCAAUAUACAUGUGGCAAAUGUGAACUCAGCAAUUGCGCAUUUAUCCCCUUUUGCAAUUCUUUGUUCACUUUUACACAGACACCCCUGUUCCACGCUUCUUGCGAAACUGCCACUUUGUGGUCUAUCCCUUUUCCAUCCAGGAACUUCUGAAACUUCUGUAACAGAAAAAUUUGCUUCUCAUCUGUGAAAAGACAAUCAAUGUUAGCAUCAUGCAUACUUUCAACCUUGUCACAAAACUCCUGAAACUUUUCUAAAGGUUCUUGCGGUUUCUCCAUCAUAUAAACCCAAGAAUAAUUAGUGAAACAAUCCACACACACAAGGUAAAAUCGUGCACCGCCUCUAGAUGGUUCUAGAGGACCAAUCACAUCAGCAUACACCCGCUGAAAUGCUCUGUUGACCUUCUUCGUCUUAGUCACCUUCCUGGCGCUCACACUGGUCACACCUGCGAGAGAGAUUUUGUUAGUAACAGAAGAAUUACAUUUCAUGUAAUCACUUUGAUCAAAAGUCAACAAAUACAGUCCAUCUUUCUCUUUGGCAGUAAGAAACAGUUCUCCAUCUUUGUAGAUCUUGCAGCUUUUAGCAUCAUAGGACAGUUUCAGUCCUUUCUUUGCAAUCUGCGAUACGCUCAGCAGAUUAAAUCUCAGUUCUGGAACCAGGUAAACAUCAUUUAUAGUCAAGUUCAGACUCUCAAGAUACACAGUCCCAAUUCCGGUUGCUUCCAACUCCUGACCGUUGGCCUGUUUCACAGUGAAGCUUUGCUUCUUCAACGUCGAAAACAGUCCUCUGUGCGGGCACAUGUGAACCGUUGCGCCCGCGUCAAUUAUGAACCAUCCUCUGCUACCACUGUUGGAAUUCUGCCUGGGUCAGAGGAAUGUGCCACAAGCAGGCACCGGCAGAUAUUCCUGUCGACCUCCCCGCGUCUCCCAACCUCUGCUGAUAAGCAGGCGAGGUCCGGCGAUUCUUCUCAGAUGUAUGAGAGGAACACACCGUUCUUCCUCUCUCCCCUUUGGUGUCCCCAGGAGGGGAAAGAAGCAGACAGAAAACUAUUUACAUCAUUUAUUUCUGCCUCUUACAUCAGUACAGAGAAUCAUGUCUGCACUCAACAACAGCAAGAAGAAAACUCCUCCCAAGUACAUCCAGUACGGGUCAUGUGACACACACACACUGAGCUAACAUCCGGUGCUCAGUACAGAAUGGACUGCCCCUUUGUUUCCAUGGCAACAGUCACAAACAUCCUGUCUGGCUUUCCAGCCACAAGCAGCUGGCUGAGCUGCUAGAGCCUUUGCUUGCUGCAGCAUUGGUGCUUUAUGGUAACAGGGGAAUGGAUAUGCUUCCCAUAAUUAUUUAUGAUUAAUGUAUUUAAAUUGUUUCUAUUACUCUUAUUUUUUAUAGACAGGGUCAGAAUGAUACAUUCCACCAGCAUCAAAACACAAUAAAUGCAUGCACCUCCCCAGUUUGGUGGGCUUAAGGGACAAAGGACCCGUUAUCAUGAUACAGAAUUCCUGCUGCUGGAGGCUCUACACUUAGGAUUGGGCAUAUAAAGUCCAAGCGUGUCUGGUAUUAUAAGCAAAUUGUGUAAAUCUUAGAGACUGGGGUUGUUUGUGAGAGUGAGUGAGUGGGAUAAUAAUUUAUAGCGCCCCUGUGUAAUGGCUUGGUUCUCCCGCACAGAUGCGAGACAACUCCAGUAGUAAUUAUCUCAGGUUUAUUGCUCAAACUCAUAAAUCACUGUGGAGCUCAGUCCUCGGCCUGUUCAUCCCAGCUUGCAGUUGCCGAGUCCUCCAGCAAAGAAGCCCCCACUUUCGCUUUCUUUUCCCCUCUCGCAGAUUCUCUCGAGCCUACGAUUUUUUGGACAGGCUAUUUCCGGGAUCUCUGUGUCAGACCUCAAACUGGAGAUAACAGUCUGUGCCCCCCCCCCCCCGUCGGCACCCCCUCUUCCUGCUCUUUGUUCUUUGCUCCUGCUGCAGCUUGGCUGCUCCUCCCCUGCUUCACAUUCCAACCGAAUCACAUCUCUUGCGUUCUCAGGCUCUGUCAGCGGAGGCACGAGAGGCUUGAGAUUCACGGAGCUGACACCCUGUAAUUUUGUCCGUUCCUAAGCUUCCAUGGAGAUACUGUGGUACAACCUUGGUGCAAAUUUCAAAAUAAGUACACAAAGCCAACAAAGAGACUCAGAGGUUUAUACUGGCACCAGCUUUCCUGGUCAAGAGUCCACUUUGUCAGACUGCAGCCCACAAAAGCUUAGGCCAUAAUACAUUUAUCUGCCUUUAAGGGCUGCAAAAGAUGAAUAAACAGAAGCGUAGUUCAUCUAUGGAAUCUAUCCUACAGGAGACAGUGAUGGCCAGCAACAUGGAUAGCUUGAAAAAAAGGAUAAGACUGACGUCUCUGCUCUGCCCUCGCGGUCCUAGGCAAUAACGCUUCUUAAUACUAGUUUCUGGAAAGCACACGAUGGCAGAGAAGACUCUUAUGCUCCAAUCCUGCUUGCCGGUUUCCCACAGGCAUCUGGUUGGCCUCUGUGAGAAGAGGAUGCUGGACUAGGUGGGCCUUUGCCUGAUCCAGCAGGCUCUUCUUAGGUUCCAAUAUAUUGCAAUAUUUUUACAGUUAAAUGUAGCACUUAGGUUUUAUUUAUUUCACAAUGGAGAUACUGUUACUUGAGCCUGAGAUCAUUUCUUCACUUCAGAAAGAAAAAAAUAGAUGUGUCUAAUAAGCCAAUUCCACCAUAGAUCUGUAUUAUAAAAUGAUGGUGCUUUAUUAAGUUUGAAUCGAGUGAUCAUGUGUUGCUCCUGCCACUAUCUCAUCAGCUUUUCAAAAAAUAUGGAACCUAGAGAGGAUAGUGGAGAAUGAAGGUGUUACAAUGAGAGAAGGUGCAGAUUCGAAUUGACAUCUGUUCAGUUCCCUUUUUGUCUUUCUUGAAAGUCUAACAGGAUUCUCUUUCCUCCCAGACUCCCAAACAGGUGAGGAAGAUGAAAGUCAGAAUUCUAUGGAGCUACCUGUCAAUUCAUUGGGAAGAACAAAGAAACAGUUUAAAUGUAUGGAAUGUGGGAUGUGCUUUUAUCACAGUGGAAGUCUGAGGAUACAUCAACAAACUCACAAAGGAGAGAAACUAUUUGAAUGUAUGAAGUGUGGAACGAGCUUUAGUCAUAGUCAAGCACUUAGAAUACACCAACGUACUCACACAGGGGAGAAACCAUUUGAAUGUAUUGAAUGUGAAAAGAGCUUCAGUACCACUGGGAAACUUAGAAUACACCAACAAACUCACACAGGGGGAAAACCAUUUAAAUGCAUAGAAUGUGGAAAGAGCUUCAAUGAUAGUGGAUCACUUAGAAUACACCAACGAACUCACACAGGGGAGAAACCAUUUAAAUGUAUUGAAUGUGGAAAGAGCUACAAUCGAAGUGGAGGCCUUAGAAUACACCAACGAACUCAUACAGGGGAGAAACCAUUUGAAUGUGUGGAUUGUGGAAAGAGCUUCAGUGAAAGUGGAUCACUUAGAAUACACCAACGAACUCACACAGGGGAGAAACCAUUUAAAUGUGUGGAUUGUGGAAAGAGCUUCAGUGAAAGUGGAAAACUUAGAAUACAUCAACGAACUCACACAGGGGAGAAACCAUUUGAAUGUGUGGAUUGUGGAAAGAGCUUCAGUCGAAGUGGGACACUUAGAAUACACCAACGAACUCACACAGGGGAGAAACCAUUUAAAUGUAUUGAAUGUGGAAAGAGCUACAGUGAAAGUGGAACACUUAGAAGACAUCAACAAACUCACACAGGGGAAAAACCAUUUAAAUGUAUGGAAUGUGGAAAGAGCUUCAGUGAAGGUGGAAAACUUAGAAGACAUCAACGAACUCACACAGGGGAGAAACCUUUUGAAUGUAUUGAAUGUGGAAAGAGCUUCAGUGAAAGUGGAACACUUAGAAGACAUCAACAAACUCACACAGGGGGAAAACCACAGAUGCAUUAAUAAACUGCAUAGGUGUUUUUUACCUUUCCUUCUAUGCUUCCUUGCAAUACUGACAAAAUCAAACCAUGCCAAUGCUUUCAGCCCCAGAAGAGGACCCUUGGUGUCAAAAGAAAGCAGUCUGGUGCCACAUUUCGCAGCAGUUACUUUAACACACUCUACCUGGGGCUGCAACAUCAACAACUUUUUCCAGGGAGCCUUCUCUUCUCAUGAGGUGGCCAAAAUAGUGAAACCUCAGCUUCAGCAUGUUUCCUUCCAGUGAGCAUUCAGGGCUGAUCUCCUUCAGAAUGGAUAGGUUUGAUCUUCUUGCAGUCCAUGGGGCUCUCAAGAGUCUCCUCCAGCACCAUAAUUCAAAAGCAUCAAUUCUUUGGCGAUCAGCCUUCUUUAUCGUCCCGCUCUCACUUGCAUACCUCACUACUGGGAAAACCAUAGCUUUAACUUUACGGACCUUUGUUGGCAAGGUGAUGUCUCUGCUUUUUAAGAUGCUGUCUAGGUUUGUCAUUGCUUUUCUCCCAAGAAGCAGGCACUUUUUAAUUUCGUGACUGUUGUCACCAUCUGCAGUGAUCAUGGAGCCCAAGAAAGUAAAAUCUCUCACUGCCUCCAUUUCUUCCCCUUCUAUUUGCCAGGAGGUGAUGGGACCAGUGGCCAUGAUCUUUGGUUUUUUGAUGUUGAGCUUCAGACCAUAUUUUGCGGUCUCCUCUUUCACCCUCAUUAAGAGGUUAAUUCCUCCUUGCUUUCUGCCAUCAAGGUUUGGUCAUCUGCAUAUCUGAGGUUGUUGAUAUUUCUUCCGGCAAUCUUAAUUCUGGCUUGGGAUUCAUCCACUCCAGCCUUUUGCAUGUUGAAUUCCGCAUAUAAGUUAAAUAAGCGGGGAGCAAUAUACAGCCUUGUUGUACUCUUUCCCAAUUUUGAACCAAUCAGUUGUUCCAUAUCUAGUUCUAACUGUAGCUUCUUGUCCCACAUAUAGAUUUCUUAUGUUAAGGAAAUUAGGGAGCACAUCUUUAAAGUUAUUAAAUGUUACAGAUAUUAUGCCUGAAUGUAUCCUUUCAACUUGACAGCUCAGGGAAGUUACCGUAUUUUUUGCUCUAUAAGACUCACUUUUUCCCUCCUAAAAAGUAAGGGGAAAUGUGUGUGGGUCUUAUGGAGUGAAUGCAGGCUGCACAGCUCUCACAGAAGCCAGAACAGCAAGAGGGAUUGCUACUUUCACUGCGCAGGGAUCCCUCUUGCUGUUCUGGCUUCUGAGAUUCAGAAUACUUUUUUUCUUGUUCUCCUCCUCCAAAAACUAGGUGCGUCUUGUGGUCUGGUGCAUCUUAUAGAGCAAAAAAUACGGUACCUAGCUUUAAAAAUAAUAUAAAAUCAACUCCUUUGCCAGUUUCCUCCAUUCCAAAGCUAUUUUCCCCUUGAAAAAGGACUCCAGGAAGUGUCCAGGGGUGACAAUUGCUGAGCUGGACCAAGGAAAGCCUAAUCCCAUCACCAAACUUGCCAAGGGGCCAGACAUGCAAAGGAAGUUCUAUUGUACUUUGGGUGAUGGGACUUCAGAGGUGUUUGCCUAUGCUAAUCUUAUACCUGAGUCUUGCCCUGACAUGGGCAUGCUUAUGCUAAUCUUGUACCAAGGACUUGUCUGGACAUGUUUGCCAAGGUUAGACUAGUGUAACCCCUGUCUACCCCUCCGCUAUUGUGACAUGUCACAUAGCAAUGAUGCUCUACGAACUGUAUUCUGGGAUAUGGUGGGAAAGUUUUAAAAGUCUUUGUCACCCCAUGCUUGGGGUUCAAAAUUCCUCUUUGAACCUGUUGCGCAAUAAACUUUGGUCUACAGCUAUUUGCUCCAUUUGGUGGCUGGAUUCCUUCCUUUAUUCUGCAAGGGACCCGCGGGCUCUUCCCAAUGAGCUGGUUUGACUGAACAGCCUUACACCUAGAUUUUUCCAUAACACUCAGGAGACAGAUGAGGUGAUCAGGCACUCCCAUUUCUUUAAGAACUUGCCAUAGUUUGCUGUGGUCGACACAGUCAAAGGCUUUUAUAUAGUCAAUGAAGCAGAAGUAGAUGUUUUUAUGGAACUCCCUAGCUUUCUCCAUAAUCCAGCAUGUUUGCAAUUUGGUCUCUGGUUCCUCUGCCCCUUCGAAAUCCAGCUUGAACUUCUGGGAGUUCUCAGUCUGCAUACUGCUUAAGCCUGCCUUGUAGAAUUUUAAGCAUAACCUUGCUAGCGUGUGAAAUGAGCGCAAUUGUGUGGUAGUUGGAACAUUCUUUUUUUUAUAAAUUUUUUUAUUGGUUUUACAAAAAUUUUUAAAACAAUACAAACAUAUAAAAAGACAUACAAACACGUAUAGUUUCAUAACCUUUUUUUCAUAAACCAUGUUUCUCAGACUCCCCCAUACCUCCCCUUUCUGCAUCCCAAUGUCCAAAAGUUUUUAGCAACUCUAAAUAUUUCUGUCAGUCCUCUGUCCUCUUAAUCUUUCCUUCAGUCUAGUCUUAUAUCGCUGUAACCCUUUCUUACUCAAAACCUCGACAUUCUAGCAUUCAUCAAGUUUAUAAUAGUCCUUAAGGUAGAUUUUAAAUUUCUUCCAUUCUUCUUCCGCCGUCUCCUUUCCCUGGUCGCGGAUUCUGCCAGUCAUCUCGGCUAAAGUCAUAUAGUCCAUCACUUUCAUCUGCCAUUCUUCCACGGUGGGUAGGUCUUGUGUCUUCCAAUACUUUGCGAUGAGUAUUCUUGCUGCUGUUGUAGCAUACAUAAAGAAAGUUCUGUCUUUCUUUGACACCAAUUGGCCGGCAAUGCCCAAGAGAAAGGCCUCUGGUUUCUUAGGAAAAGUACAUUUAAGUGCCUUUUUCAUUUCAUUAUAUAUCAUUUCCCAGAAAGCCUUAAUCUUCGGGCAUGUCCACCAAAGGUGAUAGAAAGUACCUUCAGUUUCUUUACAUUUCCAACAUUUAUUAUCAGGCAAAUGAUAAAUUUUUGCUAGCUUGACUGGGGUCAUGUACCACCUGUAAAUCAUUUUCAUAAUAUUUUCCUUUAAGGCAUUACAUGCCGUGAAUUUAAUACCGGUGUUCCACAACCAUUCCCAGUCAGCAAACAUAAUGUUAUGGCCAAUGUCCUGUGCCCACUUAAUCAUAACCGAUUUAACUGUCUCAUCUUGUGUAUUCCAUUUCAGCAGCAAAUUAUACAUUCUUGACAAGUUCUUAGUAUUGGGUUCUAACAGUUCAGUCUCUAAUUUUGAUUUUUCCACCUGAAAGCCAAUUUUCCUGUCCUGUUUAUAAAUCUCCAUUAUUUGGUAAUAUUGAAGCCAGUCUUGUACUUUAGGUUUCAAUUUCUCAUGACUCUGUAAUUUCAAUUUAUCUCCCUCCUGUUCCAAAAUUUCCCAAUACUUUGGCCAUCCGACCUCCAUAUUGAGUUUCUUCAAUGCCUUAGCCUCCAAGGGUGACAACCAUCUAGGGGUUUUAUUUUCCAACAAAUCUUUAUAUCUUAUCCAGACAUUAAACAAUGCUUUUCUAACAAUAUGGUUUUUAAAGGCCCUAUGCACCUUGAUUUUAUCAUACCAUAGAUAUGCAUGCCAACCAAAUGCAUUAUUAAAACCUUCCAAGUCCAAAAUGUCUGUGUUCUCGAGGAGCAUCCACUCUUUCAGCCAGCAAAACGCUGCUGCUUCAUAGUACAAUUUUAAAUCCGGCAGGGCAAAUCCCCCUCUUUCUUUGGCAUCUGUCAGUAUUUUAAAUUUAAUUCUGGGCUUUUUGCCCUGCCAGACAAAUUUCGAAAUAUCUUUCUGCCACCUCUUGAAACAGUCCAUCUUGUCAAGAAUCUGCAAGGCUUGAAACAAAAAUAACAUUCUAGGCAGUACAUUCAUCUUAAUCACUGCAAUUCGGCCUAACAUUGACAGUUUCAAAUUUGACCAUAUUUCUAGAUCUUUUUUAAUUUCUAACCAGCAUUUUUCAUAGUUGUCCUUAUACAAGUUCAAAUUUUUAGAUGUCAAAUAAACCCCUAGGUAUUUCACCUUUUUGACCACUGUCAAACCUGUCUCUUCUUGAAAUUUCUCCUUCUCCAUAACUGUUAAAUUUUUUUCUAAGACUUUAGUUUUUUGUUUGUUUAGUUUGAAUCCAGCUACCUGGCCAAAUUGUUGAAUUAUCUCCAACACCCUUUUCGUACUAGUGUUUGGCUCUUGUAGGGUCAAUACUAAGUCGUCUGCAAAUGCCCUUAACUUAUAAUGUUUAGCUCCGACCUGUACACCUUUAACCUGCUGGUCAUUUCUAAUCAUAUUCAGCAACACCUCCAGAACAGAAAUAAAAAGCAACGGGGAAAUUGGGCAUCCCUGUCGUGUUCCUUUUUCUAUCUUAAGUUCCUCAGUUAUCACAUUAUUAACAAUCAGCUUAGCUUUUUGUUCAGAGUAUAUCGCACCCAUACCAUUCUCAAAUCCUUGGCCUACCCCCAUCCCAUGAAGAUUCUUUUUCAUAAAACUCCAAGAAAUAUUGUUGAAGGCUUUCUCCGCGUCCACAAAGAUCAGCACUGCUUUAGUGUUUAUUUUCACCUCUAGCAAUUCCAAAAUGUCUAUUAUAUUCCUUACAUUGUCUGAUAGGUGCCUUUUUGGGAGAAAGCCUGCUUGGUCCCUAUGAAUCUUCUCCAUCAACACUCUUUUAAAUCUUUUUGCCAAAAUGUCUGCAAAAAUUUUGUAAUCCACAUUAAGUAAUGAUAUUGGGCGGUAGUUCUUAAGUUGAGUCUUUUCAGUCUCUGUCUUUGGUAUGAGUGAAAUAUACGCUUCUUUCCACGAUUCUGGUGCCUUUUCCCCCUCUAAAAUCUCGUUACAUUAAAUCAGCCAUGAUAAAAUGGGCACAAGACAUUGGGUACAACAUUAUGUUUGAAGACUGGGAAAGGUUAUGGACCACCGGUAUGAAAUUCACCGCAUGUAGUGCCUUAAAAGAAAACAUUAUGAAAAUGAUAUACAGGUGGUACAUGACCCCAGUCAAACUUGCAAAGAUAUAUCAUCUGUCUGACAAUAAAUGUUGGAAAUGUAAGGAGGCUGAAGGAACAUUCUUCCACCUCUGGUGGACAUGCCCGAGGGUGAAGGCCUUUUGGGAAAUGAUUUACAAUGAGUUGAAAAAGGUAUUUAAGUAUACCUUCCAUAAGAAACCAGAGGCCUUCCUCCUGGGCAUUGUAGGCCAGAGAGUGUUAAAGAAAGAUAGAACUUUCUUUUUAUAUGCAACUACAGCAGCAAGAAUCCUUAUAGCCAAAUAUUGGAAGGCACAGGAGAUACCCACGCUGGAAGAGUGGCAUACGCAACUGAUAGACUACAUGGAACUAGCCGAAAUGACUGGCAGAAUCCGAGACCUGGGAGAAGAGGCAGUGGAAGAGGAUUGGAAAAAAUUUAAGGACUAUCUACAAAAACAUUACAAGUUAUAUGAAUGUUGAGAAUUUGCUAAGUGUACGGAAAAACAUGCUUCAGUAUUGAGAUUUGAAGAUGACGGAAAUUAAGUUAUGACUGUGAAAAGUUUAAAUUUUUAGAAUUUAUAAUUAGAUGAAAGUACAAAAACACAUGAAACAAGGUAUCAAUUUGCUGUUUAUUUUUAUUGUAAAGAAAGCAGGGGAUGGAAGACGUGGGGAAGUCCAGUUGAUUAUGACAAAAGAUCUGGAAAAGUGAAUUUUCUUUUAUUUAAUUUCUUCUUUCUUCUUGUAAAACCGCUUUUGUUGUGUUAUUGACGAUGAAUUCUGAUCUUGGAAAAAAAGCAAUAAAAAAUAUUAUUAAAAAAAAAAA